AUGUCAAAUAUUGUCGAAAACAAUUCGGAGGAAACAGAAGUGCCCCAAUGUUCUAUUCAUGAUGCUGGUGAUGGAGCUGAUUUAACCUCAUUUUCAAUACAUAAAAUAUCAAGAAAAGAGGAUGCAAUUUCCCCAGAACCUAAGAAAUUGAGGAACGAUCCAACCUUAAAAUAUGAACAAGUUUAUCUACGUGCAAUUCCAAAGGCUUCGCAAUAUGAAAAAUCAUUUAUGCACAGAGAUACGAUUACACACGUUUUGGCAACAGAAAAAGAUUUUAUAGUAACGGCAAGUCAAGAUGGACACUUGAAAUUUUGGAAGAAAAAGCACAAUGAAGGAAUUGAAUUUGUUAAACAUUUUCGAUGUCAUUUAAAAGAAUUUUCUGAUAUAACUGUCAACCAUAAUGGUUCUUUAAUUGCUACAUGUUGCACACAAGAUCGUUCUGUCAAAGUUUUUGAUGUCGUUAAUUUUGAUAUGAUUAAUAUGUUUAAAUUUGAAUUUAAUCCAAGAAUUGUUUGUUUUGUUCAUCAAGGUUCUGAUCUUGUCAAUGCUCUAGCUGUUUCUGAUGCCCGUUCUGGUAAUAUAAUUAUUGUUGACUCCAAUGGGAAUAAUGAACCAAUUUAUCUGCUUGAUAAGCUACACCAACGGCCUGUUAUUUUAAUGCAGUAUGCAGCAAUUCCCGAUGUUACAAUUUCUAUAGAUGACAUGGGAAUGAUUGAAUAUUGGUCUGGAACAAAAUCAAAUUAUGAAUUUCCUACUUCUGUUGAUUUCAAAUAUAAAAUGGAUACAGAUUUGUAUGAAUUUUGUAAGAUAAAACAAAUUCCACGUUCAAUGUCAAUAAGUCCAAAUGGAAGAAUAUUUGCCAUUUUUGCUAGCAAUUGUUUUAUUUAUAUUUUUAAUUUAUUAAGUGGCAAAAUAAUUUUAAAAUUGGAUGAAACGAUUGAAAAAUAUAUUCAAAUGGGAAAUGAAACAAAAGGAAAUGGACUUCCACCAAUGGAAUGGACUCGUAGAGUUGCUUUAGAAAAGGAAAUGGCGACAAGGGAUUCUUCCGUGUUUCGCUACAUAAAAUUAAUUUUUGAUGAUUCUAGCAACUUUAUUAUUUAUCCAACUCCGUUAGGAAUUUCUGUUUAUAAUUUGGUCACAAAACAAUUGGUUAGACAAAUUGGGACGAGUGAAAAUUUGAGAUUAUUUGGCAUUGCAUUGUGUCGAGCAGUUCCAAGUGUUACGGAAAAAUUACAAGGCGCAGCAACAAGUGUGCGUGUUGAAGCAGCCGAAAAUCCAAAUUUGAGGAUAUCAGAACCUGAUCCAAUGCUGGUCGCCACCGCUUACAGAAAAAAUCGUUUUUAUUUAUUCACAAAUGUAGAGCCUUAUGCAGAAGAAAUUGAUGGUUCUACAAGUUAUAACAGAGAUGUAUUUAAUGAAAAACCUUUGAAAGAAGAUAUGAUAACUGCUGUUGAAUAUGAAAAUGCUAUGCAACAAUCAAAAUUGAGCACACAAGCUGUUAUUUUCACCACAUAUGGGGAUAUUGUUAUAGAAUUGUAUCCAGACAAAGUACCCAAAACUGUCGAGAAUUUUUGUACGCAUGCGAGACGUGGUUAUUAUAAUGGACAUUCGUUUCAUCGAGUUAUAAAAAAUUUUAUGAUUCAGACUGGUGAUCCAACAGGAAAAGGCACAGGAGGAAAUUCAAUUUGGGGUGAUGAUUUUGAAGACGAAUUUCAUCCACAAUUGAGGCAUGACAGAGCAUUUCGUGUUUCAAUGGCAAAUGCUGGACCAAAUACUAAUGGCUCACAAUUUUUUAUAACAGUUUGUCCAGCUGAAUGGUUAGAUGGAAAAAAUACAAUUUUUGGACAAGUUUUGGAAGGGUUUAAUGUUGUACAGGUUUCUUCAUUUUUAUAA